AUGAAUAGUAAAAACUGGAAUGACAGGGCAGACAAAGACUUGUUCUUUACUAUUCUCUCUGUUAAAAACAUUGGCGUCAUAAGCGGCUCGGAAUGGACCACUAUUGGUAACCAUAUGAGAAGCCUGGGCUACGGCUUCACCAAUGAAGGCUGUCGCCAACACUUUCAAGGUCUACGUCGGGCUCAACACAAGACGGAGACCACUGGCCCUAAUGGAGACACAGUACGGCGAAAUGACCCAACUAUGAAUCCCAUCACACGUCGCCCUGGGCCUGGAAGGGGUCGGCCAAGAAAGCAACCACUCGCUCCAGUACCCGGAGCUCCAGGAGAGGGUACUCCCCAUCCACCUCUAGCACUUGGUAUCGUCUCUGGGCCACCUCCCAACCCUGCGCCUCCUUAUCCUCAGGAUGCCGGUGCCCAGCCUUAUAGUCCUAUUCCUGCUGGACCUCAACCUAUACAGCCACAGCCACAGCCAGUUCAGGCUGCUAUGAGACCAGGCAGUAUCUCUUCUGCACCAACUACACCACAAGCACCAACUCCUGGCAACGUGGUCCCUGGUCCAGGCCCGGUUACAUACCCAAGCCCAACUCUUGCGCCUACGCUCCCUCGGGACUCUCCUCACUUACACCCUCUUCAACAUGGACAGCCUGGUCAAUCCGGUCAAUCCGCCCAGCAACCUCAACCUGGGCAGCAGUCCCAAACCGAUCAACAGUUCCAAUCUGGCCCACAGCCUCAGCCGACUCAAGCUCAGUCAGCUCAACAACCUCAACCUGACCAACAACCUCACUCAACUGCACAGCCUCCGCCCGAUCAAGAGAUACAGCCCAAUUACCAAUCUCAGGAGCUUCCGCAGGAACCUCCACGAGAGACUCGGGAAGCUACUGAUGCAAGCGCUGCAUCUCAACCUCAGCCAGUAGAGCAGGACCAUGAGCCCCAUGUUACCAUGCCUCAAGAGCAAUUGCAGCCGGCACAUGAAGAUAUAGAUGCCGAUGGCGAAGCAGAUGUGGACAACGACGAACCUAGUGCUAAACGACAACGUAUGGAUUCGCCAGAACCUCCAAAGGGUGAUGACAUGGACGACGAAGCUGUGUUAGCCCUCGCAGCUCACAAUGGUUCCGCGGAUUUCGCUUCCGAUUUUGCUACUUAUGGUGAAGCAUAG